CCCGCCGGCCCUCAGACGGCCGAUCCUCCAUCCUGGCACUUACCUUCAUCCUGGUAACUCACAAGUCCCCGGACCAAAAACAGGAAGAUGAGCUCAGCUGCGGAGGAGGAGGAGGAGGCUGCAACUUUAGAGAAUGUAAAGUCUGUCACGCUCACUACAGACAGCGAUGGAAGCAUCAUACUGCACUGUCCUCCAAACGAUGAAGACUCAGAGCCUCUUCAGAAGAAACUUUGCCUCUCUACAGAAGAAAACGAAGACUCGGACACGCCUCAGUUCUCUGUGGUCACAUUACCGAUGUCGGAGAAUGAUGAAGGCUUCGAGGUGACGAUGACGGCCACGGCAGAUGGCGAUCUCUCUGAGGAGGGCGUUGCUCAGAUUCAGAUUCUGCAGGAGGAUGAGGACUCUCUGUCGCCCAAUCAGAAGGCAGAGGUAUCACCCGUCAGUCAGGCCUGGUUCACAACCAAAGAGGACAAAGACACGCUGGCUAAUAAAGGUCAUAAAUGGAAGCAGGGCAUGUGGUCCAAAGAGGAGAUCGACAUUCUGAUGAGUAAUAUUGAACGAUACGUAAAGAGCCGAGGCAUCGAUGACCCUGCAGAGAUCAUUUUUGAGAUGUCCAAAGAGGAGAGGAAGGAUUUUUACCGCUCAGUAGCUUUAGGCUUAAACAGGCCGCUGUUUGCCGUCUACAGACGAGUUCUACGGAUGUACGACAACCGGAACCACGUCGGCAAGUACACUCCUGAUGAGAUAGAGAAGCUAAAAGCGUUGAGGGAGAAACAUGGAAACGACUGGGCGACAAUCGGAGCCGCUCUGGGACGCAGCGCCUCCUCUGUCAAAGACCGCUGCAGACUGAUGAAGGACACGUGUAACACGGGUAAAUGGAGCGAGGAGGAGGAGAGGCGUCUGGCUGAGGUUGUGUAUGAAAUGGCGGGUGUAACACCCGGGUCGGCCGUCACAGGAGGCGUUUCCUGGGCAACAGUGGCCGAUCAGGUCCGCACGCGCUCAGAGAAACAGUGUCGGUCGAAGUGGUUGAACUAUCUAAACUGGAAACACAGCGGAGGGACGGAGUGGACGAAGGAGGACGACCUCAACCUCAUACGAAGGAUCGCAGAGCUGGAGUUGGAGGACGAGAAUGAAAUUAAGUGGGAGGACCUGGCAGGCGGGUGGAGCAGCGUCCGGUCGCCGCAGUGGCUCCGAUCGAAGUGGUGGAGCAUCAAGAGACAAGUAGCCAAUCACAAAGAGCUCCCAUUCAGCGUCCUCCUAAAGGGUCUGCAGGAGCUCAUGGCGUCCUCACAGACUUCAUCUGGUCCAGGAAGUCCGUCCUCCUCGCUCCAGAUCCGUCUAACCCGCUUAGAGGAGAGCGGAGGCAGCAGUCCCGCCCCCAGCUCUGUGGCAGCGCUGCAGAUCCCCGUACAGAUCCCGCUGCAGAUCACACACCUGGCGUCAGACUCGUCAGCAGCAGCCAGCGACAGUGAAACCAUCACUCUGAACACGGGAGCUCUGCAGACCUUUGAGAUCCUGCCUUCGUUCCAUCUUCAGCCCACCGGCACGCCGGGCACCUACUACCUCCAGACGACGUCCAAUCAGGGCCUUCCGCUCAGCCUCUCCACCAGUCAGGGCCUUCCUCUCAGCUUAGCUAAUAACAACACUGUUACUCUGACGACAGGCUCCUCCCCUUCAUCACACGAGCACAUCAUCCUCCACAGCCUAUCGACGGACGGCCUCUGCUCUGGAGACGGUGUCAUAAUCCAGACGGUAACUUCUGACCCCGCCUCCUCAGACCCUCUCAGCCAAUCACAGUUGGUUGUGGAGACAGAGGGCCAGAGCCAGGAAGACCAGCUGGAAGCUACAAGCCUCCUGGAGGGUUCAGAGAGCGCCGUUACAGAAACACAGCAGCCAAUAACAGACAGCUUUAACGACAAGGAGCUGAAUCCUCCUUCAGUUGAAGCUGCAGUGGUGCAUUCUGGGAUAACGUCUGGUAGCGCCGUGCUGAUUGUGUCACCUCCAAACAUCAGCAGCACACUGACAGAUCCCAUCUUGGAGAACCAGGACGGCUCCGACUGAGGACAGGACUCAGCUCUCUGACAUUUCUGCUGCAGCGGUCUCCUGAUACGAAAUGGGAUUUUAAAAACAGACUAACGAGGUUAAAUGAAGUUUGAAGCCCUGGAUGAAAUGUGAACGCAGACGAGCUGCGGUGCCAAAGAGACUCAAACAGCCGUGAUGUGAAGUGACCCUUUAAAUAAUAAUGACAUGUUUAUAUGAGAUCAUGAAGACGACGCUUUGCUGACUGAAUGAGUGAAUUCCUUUGGAUCAUGUCUUAAUUAAUUAAAUAAAAUAUUCUUGUUUUUCA